GCAGUCAGCCCAUCAAAGGUUCUCCUUUAACGCGCAUGGCCAGCAUUUAAUGCGUUGACAAGAACCGUUGUGCAAGGAGAUGGCGGAGCGGCUGCAGACGUGCUCCGAAUAGCCUCGUUGAAAAGCUUUUCAGCUAGCUACUGCAAACACAGAUGAAACCGGCCGCUGCGCAGAACCAUCAUCGCAUGUUUGGAGCACUUGUGACACAAUGUGGGGCCGCAAGCAGUUGGCGUCUAUACCUAGGCGGGACGGCAUCAUUGUGUAUCUCGCCCUAGUUGUCGUCUCUCUGUUGCUUCUCUCAAAAUUCUGCUCUUUUCUAUACUUUGCCGGCUUCAAAGCAGGAGCUGGCCAAGCAGGAUCUGAAAUAGCGGGGUCCGACUUUGCUAGUCAAAUCAGCAUCCCCAGCUGGAGCGAACUGAGCGAUAAGUUGGCGGCAACACCUGAUAACCUAUGGGACGAUAUCUGGAAGAAGCAUGCGGGGGUCUUGAGAAAUGUAACACGUGUGAAGACGCUUUUAGACAGCCAGAGACGGCUUGUGAAGCCCGGGCCAGAAAAGGAGAACCAAGACAUAGCGGGCGUUCAGCUUUUGCUGUCUCAGUCGCUCCAGGAGAUGCAGGCAGCAACUAGAGUGGAAGAGAUCCAGGCGUGGGUUAAGAGGGAGGUUUCAGAGAACCUCGAGCGGGUUCUUAAUGAGUUGCAGUUCCCGGAAGACUGCGAAAGCGCGCGGAAGCUGGUUUGCGAGCUGGAUAAGGGCUGCGGGUUUGGGUGCCAGGUGCAUCACGUGGUGCACUGCUUCGCAAAUGCGGUGGCGCUCAAUAGAACAAUGUUGCUCAAGGUUACCCCCUGGCGCUACGCCCCAACCGGCCACUGGAACGACGUCUUUCUCCCGGUCACCCACUGCCCCUUCCCAGAGGACGACCGCAACUCCUGGGGGCCGGAAAUCGGUGCCUCCCAAACCCACGACGCAAGCCCCUCCGUAUUUAUGCAAAUCAUCGACACGCACCAGACCGUCUACGACCCCCCGGCCAUGCCAUUCGACGUGCAGGAAGCAGUGCGGUUGUUUCACGCACGGCCGGAGAUCUGGUGGGUUGGCGCUUUGGCGAAGUUCUUAUUGCGCCCGUCGGAGGCGUCGGUGGCGCGGCUCAGGAGGAUGGCACUCGACGAGGGGGGGGGACCGAGUGUCGCAACCGGGGCGGAAGAGCAAAGUCUUUUAUCGGGGGGGAAGGAGCUGAGCGGCGUGCCUAGGGGGGUGCCGUUUGUCGGGGUUCACAUUCGGCGCUCGGACAAGGUUACGGUGAAAGAAGCCAACGCGUACGAAGUCCUGCAGUACAUGCGCCACGUGGAGGCGUUCUGCGACUCGAAACUGCCGAGCGGGUGGCAAACUAGGAGCGGAAGCGAUUCGUCCACGUCGCAGACAGGCGGCGAACGCAACUCGUCUACGCGGCAAAGUAGUGGCGGGGACUAUUUCGAUGCGUGCGUUAUUUAUGUGGCGACCGAUGAGCCGGCUGUGUUGCGGGAUAUUACCGACAACUUCCCGCACCUAAAAUUGGUGGGAAAUAAUACCGUCAAUGCGUUGGCAGCCGACGUAGGCCAGCGGAACUCUUUUGAGGGGCUGCUAGGAAUUUACGAUGACGUCAUCCACCUGUCGCGGGCGGACUAUCUAGUGGGUACACUGUCGAGCCAGGUCACCCGGCUCGCAUACGAGAUUAUGCAACAUAGGAACGAUAUAGUCGAUGCGUCGUUUACAUAUCAGUCUUUAGAUUCUGUAUGGUAUUAUGGCGGCCAGCCGUCAUGCCGUUAUUGUGCGACAUCAGAUUAUACGGCCGGGGGGCAGCGAGUUGUGCUCAAGGGGGACGAGUUGCAUUGUGACGUUAUUGUACAGAAAACUGGUGGUAUGAUUGAGUGUCGAAACGAGCGGGUGGGGGCCAAGAUGUGGGUCCCCUCGGGCAUCGUAGAUUGGUGCCCUACCCCCGCUUCAAGUUUCCAGUUUAGAGACGUUCUGCCGCCGUACAUGAGCGGAAAACACUUGAGACGAGACUGAUCGAUUCUUUGUACGGUCGAGUUGACUGAAACCAAAUCAGAUGCAAUAAGGCUAGGCCGGCAAGCUAG